CAACAUUGAAUUGUAACGCUAUGAAGAAUACUAUUGCUUUGAAAUACAUAGGAAUACUGCUUGUAUGCCUCUUGUUUGUAAGGCCUUCCGUGGGUAGUUAUUUUAGUGUAUGGGCAGGUUCUGGGUGUAGUAACCAGGCUGCUACUUACAGUAACUGUGGGUGUACUAAUGUAGCCAGCGAUUUGCAUGGAGGAUAUCAGUUUGUAUACCAAGGACAAACUGCCGCUGCUUAUAAUGCUGCUAAUUGUGAUGGCGUAGCACAUACUCGAUUUACUAGCAGUGUAAGCGGCUGCAUCGCUUUUGGCUGGAACAGCUUCUUCAUUCAGUGCUGAUAAUGGUGUCUUCUGUGUCUUUCUUCGUCUCUAUGGUAGGAUGAGUUGUGUUAGGAUUUAUAUCUUGUCUUUAUGAUUUGUAUCUGGGGUAGUGUGUGAAAUUAGGGUUAGAAUGUAUCUGGUGUGCUAGUUUGAUAGUAUGAAUAAAGAGACGUAUUCUGUGCU